CUCCCCCAGCUUCCCUCCCGCCUGCCAGUAUGCCCUCAGCCCUCUCCUCCCUGAGCCAGGACAAAGCCCCCGGCAGUGACUGAGUGGAGCAGGAGGAGGGACAGAGGGACGGGGAAGGCUGCACAAAAGAAUUCCUCACCCCAAAGCCCCCUGACCGGCAGCAGCAGCGAGUAAAGAAGCAGAUCUGCCCUCCCUCUUCCCUCCUCCCUCCCAUCUUCCCACCCAGACUGGGCACAGGCCAGAGAGCAACUGCAGGCCCUCAGAGGCCCUUGGAGAGGUGGCACUGUCGGCUUCCUAUAGGUGGCAACAGUAGCACCUGUUUGAGCGGACGAGCUGAGCUGAGGACUGGCAGAGGGAGGAGGCAGAGAACUCCGACAACUCGGAGAGGAGCUGGGAAGCAGUGCGGAGCACAGAGCAGAGCUGCCGCUGAGAGAAGGCGCACACCAUGGCCGAGUCUCCCGGCUGCUGUUCCACGUGGGCCCGCUGCCUGCGCUGCCUGUAUAGCUGCCACUGGAGGAAGUGCCCCAAAGAGAAGAGGAAGAGCCACCAGUGUGAAUGUUUCUGGUUUGGCCUGCUCUUCCUCACCUUCCUCGUCUCCCUGGGCUGGCUGUACGUCGGGCUCAUCCUCCUCAAUGACCUGCACAACUUCAAUGAAUUCCUGUUCCGCCACUGGGGACACUGGAUGGACUGGUCCCUGGCAUUUAUGCUUUUCGUCUCUCUAUUGGUCACAUAUGCAUCUCUGCUGUUGCUCCUGGCUGUGCUCCUGCGGCUCUGUGGCCAGCCCCUCCAUCUGCACUGGGUGCACAAGGUGCUGCUGUUCCUCAUUAUACUUCUUGUGGCCGCCGGCUUUGCAGUACUGGGCGUCCAGUGGCAGGAGGAGCUGCUUAGCUUACAUCUGUCACUACAGGCCACAGCCCCAUUCCUUCACAUUGGAGCUGUUGUUUGCAUUACCAUCCUGGCCUGGCCUGUGGCGGAUGCCUUCUACCGUAUCCACCAAAGAGGUCGCAGGAUUGUGCUACUGUCCCUAUUUUUUGGAGUUGUCCUGGCCAUCUACCUGUCCCCGCUGUGCAUCUCCUCACCGUGUAUCAUGGAAUCCAGACACUUACCGCCCAAGCCUCAGCUAAUGGGGCACCGAGGAGCCCCCAUGCUGGCCCCCGAGAACACCCUGAUGUCCCUGAGGAAGACUGCUGAAUGUGGCGCUGCUGUGUUCGAGACCGAUGUCAUGGUCAGCUCCGAUGGGGUCCCCUUCCUCAUGCACGAUGAGCGCCUGAGCAGAACCACAGAUGUGUCCUCUGUGUUUCCAACCCGCAUCACGGCGCACAGCAGCGACUUCUCCUGGGCAGAACUGAAGAGACUCAACGCCGGAGCCUGGUUCCUGGAGAGGCCGCCCUUCUGGGAGGCCAAGAAGCUGUCGGGCUCUGAUCGGAAAGAGGCUGAGAAUCAGAGAGUACCAACAUUGAAAGAGCUGCUGAAGGAAGCAGCAGCCCUCAAUCUCUCCAUUAUGUUUGACCUGCGCCGCCCCCCACGGAACCACACAUACUAUGACACUUUUGUGAACCAGACAUUGGAGACUGUGCUGGAUUCAAGGGUGUCUCAAGCCACGGUCCUGUGGCUCCCAGAUGAAGAUCGGGCUACUGUCCAACAACAGGCACCUGGCAUGCGCCAGGUAUAUGGACACCAGGGAGUCAACACAACCGAGAGGCCCCUGCUUCUCAACCUCCCCUAUCAAGACCUGCCACAGCUGGAUAUGAAGGCACUGCAUGAGGAUAAUGUCUCGGUGAACCUGUUUGUAGUGAACAAGCCCUGGCUCUUCUCCCUCCUCUGGUGUGCAGGGGUGAAUUCAGUCACCACCAACGACUGCCAGCUGCUGCAGCAGAUGCGUUACCCCGUCUGGCUUAUUGCCCCUCAAACCUACCUAAUGGUGUGGAUCGCCACCGACUGUGUCUCGGCCCUGCUGAUUUUGUGUCACUUCCUCCUCCGUGGGAGAUGUGCGGAGAAGAGAGAGCGAACUGGCUUAGAAACAGCUGUGCUGCUCACCAGGAUCAACAAUGUGAGAAGGGAGUGAAUGCCCUGCCCUAGGCCCCCACCAGCUGUUUACGUCUGCCAACAGCAAGGAAGGAGAUGGCUGAGGUGGAGUGCUGGGAGUGUUGGGGUGAGGUGAACUUUGCCAACUGGAGGUUUUGAACUAUGAGCGCCUUCUGCCCAGAUGGUGGACUUGUCCAUGGAGUAUGCUUCCCUUCAGAUUUUGGCCUGAAGUGGUGGUGGAAGACAGUGAGUCAUGAAAUUUUUGUCCUGGGGGAAAAAUGUUUUAGUACAAAGGAGAUUGCCAACAUCAUGUUUCAGACUUGUGCACAUGUGUUCAUAUGCAAAGCAUGGGGUGUGUCAGGGGUAGGACAACUUGGAACAGUGACUGAAGAGAGGACGGGACAUCCUUCUCAGAACUGUGAGAUGAUGAAGACACCAAUCCCACUCCAUUCACCAUCUCCCUCGACAUCGGCAAUUCAACUGCUCUGCUACCUACUGGCUGGAGGCUAAACAGCCCAUGUAGCCAUGCAGUUCUGUGUGUAUAGGUGACUUUUUUGUUGCAUACAGCCUUUUUCUCCAAGACUUGUCAGUUCCUGUUUCUUCUCGAUCCCAUCUCUGAAUACAUUUU